AAGUCGACUAAUACUUUUCGGAGAAAGCUUUGUUCAUAAUAACAUUUCAAUUAAAUGGCUGUUAAUUAUAAAAAGAGCUCUCGUACUUAUGAAAAUGAAAAGUUUGACAGAAACGUAGCUGGUGUUGAGGAUGAAGAUGAUGAUCAAGCAGAUUAUGAGGAAAUUGCCGAAUAUGCUGAUAAACCACCAGAAACAAAAAAGAUUGAGAACAAAUAUACAGAUUGGAAUGAACGUGGUGCAAAAAAUCGGAAUGAACGUAGCAAAAAAUCAUUAGGGAACAACAAAAAUGAAAACACAAAAAAUGUCAGCUUAAAAUUACCUACGAAGCAAAAACUUGUGGAUGUAAAAGUAGUCAAAAGAAUAUGGAGAACCGCAUGCGCAAUAUCUGCAGUUGUAUGUGUUGUCUUACUGUUAGCUGUUGGUGUACUAUUGGGGUUGUUGCUAUCAACAAAAGCAUCCCCAUGUGCAUAUGUACAUUGUUUUCAUAAUGGGAAUUGUUCUGUUUCUGGAGAUAAAGCAAUAUGCAACUGUCAUGAUGGUUUUUAUGGAUCAAAAUGUGAAGAUACUCCAUGCGGCAGCUAUAGCUGUUACAACGGUGGGACGUGUUUUAUUGAUCAAUUGAAGCCAAAAUGUGCUUGCAAAGAAGGAUUUACUGGUGACCACUGUACAACAACACCAUGUUCAAGAUCACCUUGUGAACACGGUGGUACUUGUUCGGUGAAAGGUUCAGGAUUUUCUUGUGCUUGUGAAAACGGGUUUACAGGAUUGCAAUGCGAAAGUACUCCAUGCGUUAGCUAUAGCUGUCACAAUGGAGGAACGUGUUUACUUGAUAAUUUGCAGCCAAACUGUACAUGCAACAUUGGAUUUUCUGGUGUCCACUGUGAAAUUUAUGUUGCUGACUUUGAAACCAGCUUUGAUUCCAUGUUUAUUCAAGACCAGAAUGACGAUUUCAAUUGGCUAGUACAUUCGGGUAAAACAUCCAGUUCUAAUACUGGUCCUUUGGAAGCUUAUAAAGGCGUUCACUACUUAUAUUUUGAAACAUCGAAUGGAAAUGAGGGAUCUAUUGCACGAUUAGUAUCACGAGGCUUCAUAUUUGAUUCCCCUGGAUGUUUGAAGUUUCAUUAUAAUAUGAAUGGUGCUACAAUUGGUGCCUUAAACGUUUAUCAAGGAAACAGGCGAAUUUGGAGAAAAACCGGAAAUCAAGGAAAUCAUUGGCAACUUGCCGAACUUGUUCUUCAAGCUAACAGUUGCAAUUGCUCUAAGAUAUAUUUUGAAGCCGUCCAUGGAACAAGUCACACUGGUGAUAUUGCUAUUGACAACGUUGAAGUUCAUCUAUCAAGAUGCUGAUAUUCCUCGAUUUCACAGAAUAUAUAACGAGUCUUGAUUUGUGAAGUGAACACCUUUAUAUUGCUUUCAAUGGAAGUUGUAAAUAAGGCAACACUACAAUUUUAAAUGACCCGUAAAUACUCUGUAUAAUCGGAAUACUUAAAUUAUAAUAACAUUAACGGUACCAAUCUUGACUUGGAUAAACUUCAUUGAUUAUUUUCAAAUUGAAGAAGCGACAUAAUCUUUUAGUGGAAGAUAUUAGCAAGCAAAAUCGAGAGAAUUGUUUAAAUGAUAAUACAUGCAUGAAAAUUAGCACGAACCACUAUUGUUAUAUACUUUUUUUCAGUUAAAAACUGCUGGCCAUGAAAAACAAGGCCUUUUUCAAAAAUUGCUGGGUUUUUUCAGUUCGAAAAUAUUUAUUUUUUUGGAAUUUAAAUUUUUUUUAUCAGGUUUGGUGGCUACAUUCCCUGCAUGUGACGUAUUUAAAAGAAAUGAAUAUUUGACUCUUCAGGGUUUGCGGAUGCGCGAAAUGAAAUAAAAUUCACACAUACACAUUUGAACUAUUUACUAUUCACUUGGGGAAUUUGGAUUUUUAAUGAUAUUAUGAAUUGGUUUGAUAAUAUUUUUAUUGUUAUUGAAACAAAUGCGGUUAUCUAUUUUGCUCAUGAUUUGCCUCCACUACCAGGGCACAAUAAUGUAAAUCGUAGUCCAUCAAACAGACGAGGGUUUGAAGUUCGUAAACAUAUCUUGGUCGUCAUUCAAUUCCUCUAAAAACCUAUGCUCUUCUAUUUAUAAGUAAGUGUAACUUCUACAUGCAUGAUGCCACUGUUUGAAAACACGCCCAUUCAGUUGAAUUGAUCGAGCAUUCGAUGUAUUAACUGAAAAAAGUGGUUAAGUUUCAAAUCCCAACCAAAUACAAUUAAAGCUGCAUAUCAAUUAUUGUUGGUAUUGGCGAAGCAAAUUCAGUAGGAAUGGCUAGAUUUGUACGGAGAAGAUAAGUUUAUCGUUAUGUUUAGUGGAUAGUACAUUGAGAUUGCUACAUUAAAAAAUUGGGUGAUAUAUUGCAUGCAAGUGAAUAGACUUGUGCCCUCACUGAAGUGAAGAGGUCAGCUUGGCAGACAAUGGAAGUAUUUCCGGAUGUAACGGAUGUUUUAACUCGCUUUAAUUUUGAAUGAAUGAAUGGCAUGAUUUGAAUCAUUUGUCAGGAAACAGCGCCCUUAUGAUGCUAUCCGCCUACCAGAGGUUCUCUUCCGGAGCACAUCUAAAGAGAAGAAUAUCAAGGUGGACUCAAUCUGUUUGAUGCAUUCAACAGGUACACGUACCAAGUCAUGAACACUGGGUUCGGAUGAAUGAAAAAAUACCAAUGCCAGUAGGAAACCAAAAUGGACUUCUUUGGCUGCCGUUGAACCCUCAUAUCAGAAACUUUUGAAAUGCGGAUGCAACAAAUCCACCGGUGUUGAUAACUGUAAACAUUAUCGCUCUGGCCUUCUAUGUACGGGUUUGUGUAUUGGCAACUGUCAGAUAUAAUAAGAAAUGCAACUUGUCUUUUCUUACCAAACUAGUUAUUUGAACUUCACAAAAUGUAUGAUAUCUCUUAUAAAUAAGAAGAAAAUGAAGAAAAAAAAUGAAGUUUUCAACGUUUUUGUCGCCAUUUUUGGAACCGGAAGUCACUUUUUCGUGAUGUAUGUAUUGUUUUAUCGU